CCCGUCAUUUUCUCUGUUGCCGACCCGAUUUUUCGGACCCUGUGUUUUCGGUUGAAUUCCUGCCGAUUUUCGAAAAAUUUUCGGCAUUCGAUCUCUCUUUUUUCUCCUCUUCAAUCCAUGCAUCUGAAUACAGAGGCUAUCAUUGUCAUUGUUGUUGUUUCUUAGUAGGGAAGUCGCUCCAACUUAUGCUUCAUAAUUUGGCACUUUCAUUCAUGGGUAAGAGUAAGUUGAAGGCUUUCUAACAGAUUGGGAGAAAAUGGACACUUUACCAGAUCUUUUCCCUCUGAUAAAUUUGCAAAUUGGGCAUAUAAAAUCUUCACUUUCUCAGGCAUUCUUGUAUAUUGUACCUGCUAAUCAUAUGUUUCUCAUUCUGAUCGACAACCAGUCAUGGCGGCUGAACAAGCACUCAAGAUCAACCCACAUAUGGGAAUUAAUGGUCACCAAGUACAGAAAGUCGCCUUUUAGAAAUACUAAGACUCUGCUUAGGAGUCGAAGUCUAGAAUACAAACGCCACUCAAAAUCCUCCAACAAGAACUUGAACAAGUGGUUUUCUGUCAUUGACACUACUAGGUGGAGAGAGAAGCGGCCAUUCUCUUUUCUGGAUUUAAGCAAAAUUUUGUAUGGUUUUAUCGUGUUUGAGGUUGCUUGGAAGGAUGUAUGUGGUAUCAACUAUUUGAAUGAACUUCAGACUGAUACAUCCAUUGCAAUAGAAACGAAAUCUAUGAGAAAGUGGGAAUUCUACAGCAUCAAUGAAGCCUUGCGCUGUACUCCUUCAUGGUUCUCUGGCACACCAUCAGAAACACAGCGCCUGCAGAGCAAUCUAGUGCUUUUGAGAAAUAAAAUUCCUUCUCACUCGCCCAGGGGAAUCACUGUUGCCUCUAAAGAACAGUUGUUUGAGGAUACAUCUCCUGCCCAGCGUCUUCCUGAAGAAAUAUUCUUUGAUGCCAGAGAAUGCUCCUUUGAUAUGCAGGAUAAUAGAACAAUGGAGGUUGAAGAGCUGAUCAAUGGGAAGAAAGAACAGAAUACAGAAGAUGAGAUUAAUAUUGCAUCUCUGGGAUUCAAGGACACUCUACUGCUAUUGUGGUUCAAUGAUAGGGACCUCCCAAUUAUAUUGAGGCAGGUAAUCACAUCUAAUUCAAGGCUUCUCGCAUUGCUUGAGUUAGGCCUUCCUACUUGGGUUAUUUUCUUGCAGUCCUAUCCCAUUUUUUGCAAGGUUUAUCAUCCCUGGAUGCGGCCUCUAGGGAGAAUCCUUUAUGUAUUAAUCUCACUCAUAACUAUGAUCAUUGGGUUCUAUGACCUCUAUAAGAAUGUGCCCCUCUUGAAGGCAACUGCAUCCCACCUUUUUGGUCCCAUUUUUAAGUGGAUUGAAAAAUCUGAAAUGAUUACUAGAAUCUUUUAUUUGGGAACAAUGUUGUUCGUUCAAAACUUUGGGAAGGCUCUUGAAUGGGUUUUGAUGAUGAUGAGAGUGAUCAAAACGCCAGUAUCGAUUAUAAUGACACCUUUCAUGGACCCACUUGAAGGAAUGGUGGAGGUUAUAUCAUCCAUAUGGAACAUUUUGGCUGAAACAGGGGAGCAGUUUUUCUACACAGCACAGCUCAUGGCAGAGUCCCUCUGCAGCAUGGUGGUUGAUUUGACUCAAGUUCUAAUCUCACCAUUUGAGCUUCUCUACUCACUUGUGUCAACUUUAGUCACAUUGGUUUGUACCAUCCUUUAUUCUGUGUGGAAACUAUUGCUCAUUCCUGCUCGAGCCAAUCUUGGUUUCGCAAAAUAUGUGGCUUCUUUAUUCUCCGGAAUCUCUGAUUUUCUUAAAAGGACUUCGAUGGUAUCUACCAGUAGCAUGGAUCAGCUUCAAUAUUUUGCUCAAGAAAAGCCUACUUCAUCACAAAUCUCAUUUUGGCGCCCUCUCUGGUUUUCCGGUCCCUCCGAAGCAUUAUAAAUGGUCUUAUCGGGUUCUUCACAUCAUGCAAUCGGCACAGGCUUAGCAUAUACAACUACUUAAGGGCCAUGGUGUGGAAUCUCUGUCACCGCCUCCCAUUGAUUUCUCGCCGCAGAGCACCUCCAUUGGACAG